CAGAAACACCCUUACGCAAACGGAUAUUCUAAAUAAACCGGUCGGUUCCUCUCAGCUGGGUCAUCUCUACAACCCGAUUACCCGAAGAGCUCUGUAAUGCAGAACCUCGUAAUCCAAAUUCCACGUUUACGUCCUCUCCCGCCGUCCACACAAUGUCUUUUUCCGGCAACAAUGAGUUUAUCGCCGGCGAAGCAUAUCAAUCUCCGGCAAUUCGACUCGCGGGAGUUGAAAACCAACAGUAGGAGUGUAAAUCAUAGGUUCAUUAGAUGUAUGGCGAAUCCUCGACGAGUUAAAAUGGUGGCUAAACAGAUACGAAGAGAGCUUUCCGAUAUGUUACUUACGGAUAAGGUGUUACAGUACGCUGUUCUUCCUGAAGCUGCUCUCGGUGCGGAUCGAUACCUUUCUUCGCUUACCACUAUUAGCGAUGUUGAAGUUUCAACCGAUUUGCAGGUUGUUAAGGUCUAUGUCUCCGUAUUUGGAGACGAAAGAGGAAAGGAAGUUGCUUUGACGGGCUUGAAGUCAAAAGCAAAAUAUGUAAGGAGUGAGCUAGGGAGGCGAAUGAAGUUGCGACUGACUCCUGAGAUUCGUUUCAUUGAAGAUGAGUCCCUUGAACGAGGAAGCAGGGUACUUGCUAUAUUGGACAGGAUUAAGGAUGAGAAUGAAAAUAAGGAUUCACCAUCGGGAUCUGCCAAUGAUGGAUCAUCUGAAAGCGAUGAUGAUGGGGACUGGGAGGGUGACGACCCUGAUGAUGAAGGCAUUAUUUAUGUGAAAUAGCUUUCUAGUGCGAUCUAAACUACAUCGACUCUGUGACUAGACAAAAGAUGUGUUGCAUAAUGGGUGAAGGUGUUUCCUCAGCAUGCAAAGAACAUUUGCGCAAUUCCCAAAUUGUGGAAACCUUAUUGAACCCUGGUCCGAACUGUCUAGCUAGUUUAUUUUCCUGUUUCUUGUAUAAUUCGUGUCUGAUGAACGAAUCAGUUAGAGUAGUACUUGGCCU